AUGAAAGUUAUAAGCAUUAUCCUUCUCGUCCUAGGGCUGGCGCAUGCGCGCAUGAUGCUCAACAUAAAAGACAUAUCCAAGCCAUACAUGAUGCAGCGAGGGGUCAUCAACAACCAAAUAUGCAGAGGCGUGUUCAAGCUCCAAACCCCCACGGCAGGCUCUCUCAGCGCCACAAUCUUCUCAGAGGACAUGAGAAGAGUGUUCACAAAGGAAGACAUAAAGCACGGCGAAGAGGUCAACUUUUCCUUCAACACAACUUCAGGACAAACCUACACUGUAAAAAUAGAAGAGAUGAGCCCUAUUCCAGAGAAAAGCGUCAGGGUUGAGUACGAGUUCACCUCGCAGUACAAUACAUUCAACAAAGACAUAGCAAAGUACGAAGUAAUCGACCCCGCUCUCUCGGAAAUGACAAAGUUUGAAAAGCUUCUCUACGAGCUCUCUUUGCAAACAUCGUACAGACAGCGCGAAACUGCGGCUUUCUCUGGCAGCAUCAAUGAAAUAGUUAUUUCUAUUCUCUGUAUAAAUCUGAUCAUGUUUAUUGCUUUUGCGGGCAUACUUGCAUACCAAACGAUUUCCUUUAAGGACUUCCUUAAAAAGAAGAAGCUGAUAUAG